AUGGAGAGCGAGGUCCUAAGUGAGAGCUCGAGCACCAUCGGUGAUGACUGGGUAAAAGACGCCAACGGCAGCGGAUCUGCCGAUUCCUCGUCCGUACGCGAUGUGGUCGACGUCUUGAAGGAGUUCAGCUCGGUUGAGGGCUCUCCGGUGCAAAAAGAAAGCGAGUUGCGAGCGAGGAAAUGGAUUCGCCUCCUCGGCAUGGCAAAUCGACCCGACCCCCUCUCCGACUGGGAUCAACUCUACAACUUAAAAAGUCAAAGCCAAUUACGAAAUGACUGUCGUAUGCUGGCCAAACAAACUAGGAACACGAAAUCCGUCCCAGAACUCGGAGUCAUUUUGACGUUGUACUGUAAGAAAAGGAAUAUGGACUACGAUAAAGAUUCCGGCUGGACUCUCGUACUGGAAAAGCUCCUAAAGUUUGACUACCCGAUGGAGCACUUGUUCAACAUCUUCUUCGGGUUGACGACGAAAUAUAUGCCAAGGGAAACCAAGCCGGGCGCUCAGGUAUUUGACCUAUUCCGACUCCUCCUACAGUACCACGAACCGGAGUUGUCGUCGCAUUUGGAGUCUAUUAAGUGCUCCCCACACACUUAUACCAGGACCUGGUUUGCCUCCCUAUAUGCCUGCGCGGUCGAUGAUAAAUCUUGUGCCGUACUGUGGGAUUUGUACAUAGAAAGGGGCGACCCCUUCCUCGUCUUCUUCCUCGCCCUGGCGAUGACCAUCAACGCGAAGGAGCAACUUUUAGCAUACACGAAAGAUCAGCGGGAAGAAGCCGUCAAGCUCCUCUCCGAACUUCCAAAAAGCCUGACGGUAGAUGACAUCCCGGAUUUCAUCGAAGUCGCCUUGUACUAUUCGCUUCGUACACCGCAGUGUUUGAGAGAGGACUUCCACGGAACUCUCUUCGGAGCGAACCUGCUCGACGAUUUUGCCGAAAAAUCGAUAAAACAAAGAAUCCCGCGUCGG